UUGAACCAACUAAUGACUCUCAAUAGUUGUAGAUUUGUGUCGUCUAGUCAUUAUUUGAAAUUUAGACCUCAUGUGAUGACGGAGUUCAGAAUUUUAACAAGUGAAGUCAAACGUAUCUUGAAGCUGCGCCGAAAUACUUCUAAACUUAUCAGUGACUGCCAUGAGGCUUGAACUUAAAACAAAAUAUUUUAGAGAAAAUGACUUCAUGACGGUGAGGUUGCUGACUUAUGGUGAAUCUGACCUCGCGACUGUGAGGUCACCGGCUCUUACUGAUUCUUUACUCACGAUGAUAAGGUCGUUGACUCCUGUUGAACUAUAAGGUAUUCAAUAAGAAUGCAUGUAAUCGGCAGCUGAACUGAAUGCAAUCUAAGGUAGGAGCGCUAGUGCUGAUUAUAUAUCUAACUCAUACCACCAUUGGUAUAAUGUAGGUGCGUGACGAGAUUGAAGAUUGACGAUUGGAAUUUCAGACGGAUUGACAUAGAGAUUGAUAUUUCAGUUUGAACCACGGCGUGAUACUUGCACCAGGAUGCUGCAGUGCGUUCCUAAACAAGAAGUGAGAAUUAGUUGUGUUAUAUAUCAAGGUGCGAUGUACUGUAAGCCAGAAGUAUAACAUUAUGGCAGAAGUGUAACAUGUUAGGAAAGUAAUGUGUAACAGACAAAAAUUGCUAAAAUAAACUGAAUAAAAUACGUGACAUUUGUAAUCAUUAUUGAAGGAACAUUAUCAGCUAUGAUUCUGGAAAUUGGGAGCGUUUUAUUGUUGGUGAUAAUGACGACCGUCGAGAGCAGCAGCAAUGCAGACUUUUAUUGGCCGUAUCCUGAUCACAUCGCGAGUCCGCUGGUGCCGUGUUCUCGAGAGGGAUAUUUCGCUCACCCUCGGGACUGUAGGUGGUUUUACAGAUGCGUCGGUGGCAACGGGGUUGGAUCCUACCGCAGAUUUUACUUUGAAUGCGAUCCUAACAUGAUCUACAUAAGUGACAUGAACAAAUGUGGCUUCGUGUAUGUAACGUCAGACCUCGAGGCUUCCUGCUCUUCUCAUGACGAUUCCGUGGCUACGAAUGUUAUUUCUUUGGGGAUUGACAGCCAAGAAAACACGGAAUCCCCACAGCCAGCUCUUCCAACUUUACGACCUGUUUACCCGACCCUAAUUCCACCACCAUCUAAACCUGACCUCAAUUUAUACAACACUGCUGUUGUUCCUCUUAACUCCUUGCAUCCUUUUCCAACGUCUGAAUCUGAUGAUUUCCUCGGAAACUUGAUAGUCCCUCAGUCCAUGCCAGCGUCUGACGGAGAAGAAAACGUCUGCAGUAUAAUGAUUGGGAGCUGCAGUUACCGAAUGAUGUGCAUGAAAGCAAUAUGGGAAGUACAUCACAGCAUCGUCAGGGUUUGCGAGCAAGCUUUCUAUCGCUGCACAAAAGCCGGAGGCAGAGAGCUCGAUCUGUGUCUGCCGGGCAGCACCUACAGCCCUGACCAAAGGUAUUGCAUCAGUGAUAAUAACUUCUGCAAGAAUCCAAUCGACUACAGUUACGUCAAUCCUCCUGCUCCACCGCGGACCUCCUCCACAACAGCUGGACCUCCAGCAAUAUCGGUACCUGAACCUGAUGAAACAACAAUCCUGCCAAUCACAACACCUAAAAUUCCUACAACAACCACGCAACCAAACUACUGGUUCACGACAUCAUCUACCACUCAAAGUCCUACAUCCGUAAUAACUUCAACUCUACCGCCUGCAACAGCAUUCAGACCUACAAUAAGCAGUUGGUAUUUCACCUCUUCAACACCUGUCUUCACUACGACACCAAUUUCCCGACCUCAACCACCUCCUACCAUCAGCACUACUACUCGGCCACCUCCUAAACCACCCGUUGGACCACCAGUUGUUCUCCCUAGCAGCUCAACCCGACCUCCGUACAAACCUCCCGAUGUCCCUAUUUCGAAGCCAACUAUAUCACCCAACUCCUGGUGGGUACCAUACAAACCAACUACACCAGAAACCACAACAAGCACUACCACUACGACCAUCACAACACCCACUGUUGCAGUGACUGGUGAUCCUGAUACUGAUGAGGACUUUACAACCGUCCAUCUCGCGUUGAACCAAACGGUGAGAUGCUCAAAGACUAAACCCCGACCCAUGGAGAGCUGGAUGCUGGACUAUUUUUGUUCAGAAUAUUAUCUCUGCAGCCCAACGGGACACUACAAGGGCUUGGUUGUGUUGUGUCACGAGUUCUUGGAAUGUCGCUUCGUGGCUACGGGCGUCUGGGUGGUGGCCAAGAUGCAGUGUCCCGCCCCCUGGCUCUACUCCUACUCAACCAACGCCUGCGCGAGGAAACCUUCCGAUCACGAACUGUGUUCCUGAAGAAAAAUCUUGACCUGAAGAACGUCGGUGAAUAGUAAAGGAUAUACACGAAAAUUUCAAUUUGUCCUUCCUCUAUGUCUAUUGAGUCAUGGUAAAUCAAUGUGUCUCAAACAUAUUUAUUUUUAAAUGUAAAUUUAUAUAUUUUCUGCAUCUAAAUAGUCCGUGAGAAUAAGAUAAAAGGUUUUUUAAUGUGAAUUAUUAUUUAAUUUAGCUCAAAAAUAUU